CAUUGUUAUUGUGACAUUCGGCCUCAGGGCUACAGUUAAAGUUCUGGGAAAUGGAGACGAGCCAGAAAUCUGAGGGAUAAAAGGCCGAGAAGCCGUGGAGGCUGCCAGACGCGACUCGACACUCCAGCUGAUCCAGAAGAUAGCAAGUCUGCUUCCUUUUAACUCCAGUGCUUUGGAAGGUCACCCACCCCAGUCGUGAUCAUCAUGUUCGCUGCCAGGAUGCUCGGUGUGCUGCUGGCGCUGUGCACCGUUCUGUCCCUGAGCCGAGGAGGUCCGCUCAACACAAGCGUUGCCAUGAAAGGGCCCUGCCAGUACAAGAGGAUGUACUGCCCGUACUAUCCUGAUGAGUACUGCCCGGAGUGCGACGAGCACGGCUACUUCGUCCCGUGGCAGUGCUCACACGGGUACUGCUACUGUGUCAACGUCAAGACCGGGGAAGAGAUACCGUAUACGAAGAGGCCGGAGGGCUCCGACCCUCUCAACUGCGAACAUGGCCAUUACUGCCCGGAUGGCUGGACUUACUACGACGAGCAGUGCUACAAGUACAUCGACUCUGAGAAGACAUGGAUCGAAGCUGAGUUUUACUGUCUGUUUGAAGGGGGCAACCUGGCGUCAAUCCACAGUGACGAGCAGAAUUACUUCAUCAAGGGACUGACCAAAGGAGACGGCCACGACUUCCCACAGGCCUGGAUCGGUGGCUUUGAUGCCAUAUAUCCGGGUUAUUGGAUGUGGAGCGACGGCUCUAAGUUCAACUACGACAACUGGUACCACGAUGACUACAGCGCCCACGACGGCUACCACUGCCUGAAGAUGAACUAUCACCUCAAGUUGGAGUGGUACCCUGACUACUGCAACAGCACUCUGGGGUUUGUUUGCUGCAAGCAGAUAUGAAGCCAGACGGACAAUGUGAAAAGCUGACCACAAGGUGGAGCUGUGUGCCAAAGUACCAACCACCCAACACAAAGGCUUCCUUUCUUCCUCAGCUUUUAGGGGUUGGCUUCAAAGUUAGGGUUAGGCUUUGAAUCUGGCCAGUCCACCUGCCUAGAACUCUCCAUGUGAACUCGCUGUGGCUUCUUUUUUCUAAUGAUCAUCUCUUUUUCUUUGCAUUGAAAAAGUACAAUCAAGCAUGCUGCAAGAAGUGUAAUUAUAAUAGCAGUAAAACUAGGCAAUAAAAAAAUACAGCAACAAA